UGCGUUCGUAGGGGGAGGGUCUCUGACACGCAGUGAUUCUUUCAAGAUGGCGCCAUGCAGGAAGAUGGGACAGAGCUUGAAUAACUACUGUAUAUUCUCUAUAUUUACCUUGGCAUUACUCUUUUCUCCACGCUGCCAGUCGGCACCGGCAGUAAACGCUGGGGUCUCACCGGAACAGUCCUCUCCUGAAAUCCCCGGCCCUCCCGUGAACAGCUCGCUGCAGACCACGCCCCACGACACCGGGACCACGCCCAACGACACCGGGACCACGCCCCACGACACCAGGACCACGCCCCAGGACACCGGGACGCCGGCACAGCCGAACGGCCCCACGGCGGGAAGGACUGAGGACGGGCCCGGGGGAGUGACUGCCCAAAACGAUCGCCCCACAAACGGCACCGCCGCUGCAACCAACGCCGCCGCCGCCGCCGCCGCCACCUCCUCUAAAGCUUCCGCCACCGAAGCUCCACCCACCAAAGCGGACGCCACCCCUGCCCCUAACCCCGACCCCACCCCCGUGAAAGCCGCCGACUCCCCUGCUGACACACCCGUCUCUCCCGCCAAAACUGCCGCCUCCCCUGCUGACACACCCGCCUCUCCAGCCAAAACUGCUGCCUCCCCUGCUGACACACCCGUCUCUCCCGCCAAAACCGCCACCUCCCCCGCUGAAGCUGCCGCCUCCCCCGCUGACGCACCCGCUUCCCCCGCGAAAGCGGCCUCCCCCCCAGCCAAGCCCACCGCCGGAGCCAGCUCCCCGGGAGGGGGGCCGCCCCCGCUCCCCCAGUCCUACGAGGACACGUCCCCCACCUCUCCGGGGAUCGGCCAGGACCUGUACGAGGAUGAAGAGGAAGAUGACGACGAAGACCUGGACUACCCGAACGCCCUGGCGGACCCCCGGAGCAAGUCGCCGGAGCAGGACUGGGCCCUGGACCGGGUGGGGAACGACGAUGGCGACGAAGAUGACUUCAUCCAGGCUGACAAAGGCCUAAUGGUGCCUCGCCCGGCAGAGGAUGCUGGGAAGGUGGGCGGGCGCAUGAAGGUCGACACCCUCUACACGGUUCAGGACGAGGACUCGCAUUUCUUCUUCCACCUGGUCAUCAUCGCCUUCCUGGUGGCCAUCGUGUACAUCACCUACCACAACAAGAGAAAGAUCUUCCUCCUGGCACAGAGCCGGCGCUGGAAGGAGGGGCUUUGCUCCCGGAGCGUGGAGUACCACCGGCUGGACCAGAACGUCAGCGACGCCAUGCCCUCCCUCAAGAUGACCAACGACUACAUCUUCUGAGCCUGGGCCGCAGCAAAAAAAAGAAACUUUUCAAAUUCUCUGUAUAAAAAAAAAAAGCCUAU